AUGGAUUGUCGCGAAGCCUGGAAGGAGACCGUGAGAGAGUUGUGUUUCGGCAAUGACUCUUCCGAUGAGGAAGAUGAUUUGUUCCUUGUGACUGUGACCGCGUUCCAUGAGUCGUCGGCAGCACAGAGCGGAGCUUGGGGCGGUUCAGUGCCGGGACGUCGCCGUAUCCAGCAGAAUCGGCUGGAGGGGCAUCAAAGGUUGUUCAAUGACUACUUCGCCGAUCCCCCUGUGUACCCCGAUUACAUAUUCCGCCGCAGGUUCAGGAUGAAACGUGACCUGUACCUCAAGAUUGUGGAGGCAGUUGCGGACCAUGACCCGUGGUUCCAACAGAGGAGGAAUGCAGCAGGGGAGCUCGAGCUGUCGGCAUUGCAAAAAGUCACUGCGGCGUUUCGUAUGCUAUCAUACGAUGCUCCUGCGGAUUCUCUGGAUGAGUGCCUCUGGAUAGGGGAGGCCACCAUCAUUGAGAGCAUGAGGCGGUUUGUUCGGGCCGUUGUCAGGGUGUUUGGCGAUGAGUAUCUCCGUUCUCCGAACGAGGAGGACACCGCUCGCUUGAUUGCUAUAAACGAGCAAAGAGGGUUCCCGGGGAUGCUGGGAAGCAUCGACUGUAUGCAUUGGAGGUGGAAGAACUGUCUGACGGCGUGGUCGGGUUCUUUCACCGGCCACGUCAACUCUCCUACUAUCAUUCUAGAGGCGGUGGCGUCGCAGGACCUGUGGAUUUGGCAUGCCUUCUUUGGCAUGCCGGGGUCGCUGAACGACAUCAACAUUCUGCACCGCUCACAUCUCCUCGACAACCUUGCCGCUGGUGUGGCGCCCCAGGUACAAUUCUCCAUCAAUGGACACCAGUACACCAUGGGGUACUACCUUGCAGAUGGUAUCUAUCCGGAAUGGGCCACCUUUGUGAAGCCCAUAUCUUGUCCGCUUGGGCGGAAGCAGCAACACUUUGUCGUUCAGCAGGCGGCGGUACGGAAGGAUGUGGAACGCGCCUUCGGGGUCCUACAGUCUCGGUUUCCUAUAGUCCGGGGGGCUACAAGGAUAUGGGAUCAGGAAACCCUUCAUAACAUCAUGACCGCCAUCAUUAUCAUGCACAACAUGAUAAUCGAAAAUGAGAGACCUGAUGGUGAAGUUGAACACGUCUACGACGGUGCUGGUGACCAUGUGGAGCCGUUGCACACCCCAACCCCCACAAUUCAAGCAUUUGCACACAGGUAUGGGAUGAUAAGUAGCAGACAGGGUCAUCACCAGCUUCGUGAAGAUCUUGUGGAGCAUCUCUGGCAGCUCCACGGAGGAGAGUAG